AUGGACCUCUUGCUUCUCCUUUCGAUAUUCCUGGUGUCCCAGACAGUCUCUGGGAAGCUUAGAAUGAAGUGCCUGCUGAAUUCGGUCCCCCUGGAUAGAGAAAGACCCUGGAGCCACUACAGGCCAGGAGAUCAUCUCAUUGGUAUAGUCACCAGCGCAGUAACACUAUCACAGAAAAUGUUGCUUUUCAACCUGCUUCCUUAUAAUCAGCCUCUCUUUUUACCUUAUGCUUCCAAAGGAAUAGAACGCUUUAUUUUCACCAUUCAAGAGAUCAACAAGACUAUCCAGCUCCUGUGCAAUCUCACACUUGGCUACAAUAUCCAUGAUAACUAUUUGAACACACUUGGCACUUCAGAAGUCUUGCUGGACAUGCUCUCCACUGGAAAAGCCAAUGUUCCCAACUACAGCUGUGGAAGGAGGGACAACAUUUUAGCUCUUUUUGAUGCAGCUGACAGGGAGAUUUCCAACCAGAUGUCCACAUUAGUAGACACCUACAAAGUCCCACAGAUCAGUCAUAGAAUUGCUUCAGAGACUCUGAGUGACAAAAGUAAAUUCCCAUUUUUCCACCAGAUGCUCCCUAAAGAAGGGUUUCAUUAUUCAGCAAUUGUCCAAGUGCUCCUUCAUUUCAGAUGGACCUUGAUUGGUCUCCUUGCUCCAGACACAGAGGAGGGAGAAAAUUUCCUGAGGAUUUUCCCUCCUUUGCUUGUCAGGAAAGGAAUUUGUGUUGUUAUAUCCCAACAAUUCUCAAUGACUGGAGAUCUAGUACCCUUCAAGGAUUCCAGCUUUUCUCACUGGAAACAAGUCAAUGUCUUUGUUCACUUCACAGAACACAUUAUCGUUUCAAGCACAUUUCAUAUUUUUCAGAUAACACUUGCCACUUUGUCAGGACCCAUUAGAGAGAAAAUCUGGAUCACCACAACUUUGGGAAACUAUAUAAUAAGUCAUCUUGGAUAUCACAAAUAUAUCCAUAGUAUUUGGAGCUUUGAAUUUAUGCAAAAUAUAAGGCCAACCUAUGGUGGUUUCGAAGCCUUUUCCUUUAUAGACUCCCAGUAUGAGAACAAGAGUUUUCAGUGUUCUUUUUCAACGCAUGUUUAUGCUGUCAAAGGCCAGAAAAGAUGCACCCAAAAAACUGCUGUGGAGACAGAAGAUGAAUUGAACGGGAUUUUGGUUGAAAACAGUGAUUCUGGUUACAUUAUCUUUAUGACUCUGGCUCAUGUCUUGAAGGCUGCAUAUUCAUCCAGAUCCUGGAGAAGAGGGAAGGAGGUCCAAGAGACACUGGAGGUUCCAAGGCUGAAGCCAUGGCAGAAUGAGUUCCACAAUCUUUCCCACUGGAAAGUUUACCUGGACCAUAAUGGAGAAAUAGCUGCAGAUUUGGACAUUGAGUUCAUGGUGAUUUUGCCAGAGGGGGAUUUGAUCAAAAGGAAACUGGGGAGUGUUGAAAGACAGAGAGUUAUUAUUAAUGAAAUUGCUCUUUCCUCUCUAAAUCUGCUCAACAAGUCCCUGCCUCAGUCCCAAUGUGUGGAAAAUUGUCAUCCUGGAUUUGUCAAGCAAAAGCGGGAAGGAGAGCCCAUUUGCUGCUAUGACUGUGUUCCUUGUCCUGAGGGGACCAUCUCCAUUCAUGAAGUUAUAUCUUUCCUUUCUUAUGGAGAACAUCUGGGAAUCAUUCUGGUCUCUUUUGCCCUAUUCUUGUUCUUAGCUACAGGCCUUGUUUUAAUCAUAUUCAUUAAACAUCUAGAAACUCCCAUUGUGAAAGCCAACAACCGAGACCUCUCUUACAUCCUCCUGGUCUCCCUCCUGCUUUGCUUCUUGUCUUCUUUUCUCUUCAUUGGUCAACCAAGGAAAGCUACCUGCCUUCUCCGACAAACAGUUUUCAGCAUCAUCUUCUCAGUUGCCAUUUCUUCUCUCUUGGCCAAAACCAUCACAGUGGUGCUGGCUUUCCUUGCCACAAAACCAGGAAACCGAGUGAAGAGAUGGUUGGGGAAGAGCUUGGCCAACUCCAUCAUCCUUUCUAGUUCUAGUGUCCAAAUUAUGAUCUGCUCCAUCUGGUUGGGAAUUUCUCCCCCAUUCUGUGACUCAGACUUCCACUCUCAGCCUGGAGAGAUCAUCCUGCAAUGCAAUGAAGGCUCUGUUUUCAUGUUCUACAUCACCCUCAGUUACAUGGGCUUCCUGGCUGCCAUUUGCUUCACAAUGGCUUUCCUGGCCAGGAAUCUUCCUGGAACCUUCAAUGAAGCCAAGCUGAUCACCUUCAGCAUGCUGGUCUUCUGCAAUGUUUGGGUCUCCUUCCUGCCCACCUACCUGAACACCAAAGGGAAAUAUAUGGUGGCUGUGCAGGUCUUCUCCAUCUUGGCUUCCAGUGCUGGUCUGCUGGUCUGUAUCUUCUGCCCCAAGUGCUACAUUAUCAUUUUGAGGCCAGACUUAAAUACAAAGGAGCAUCUUACCACCAGAAGAAAUGUAUAA